CUCUUUAAUUUUUACCGCAAAUUUGCAAAAGAAAACUACUGUUAAGUGUUAAUCUCUUUUCUAUGACUAUAUUAUUUUAAGUUGUGUUAUGAGAAAUAGGAAUGAGAGUUAAAGUAACAUACUAACUAUUCUUCCAUUCAUUUUUAUAAAUUGAUAUUUUGAAUUCGAGGGAUGUUUUACUAGUGUUUAAUCCCAAUAAGUUUCAUUAUGGAUGAGCGUUGGCAAGCAUUUUUUGACAAAUUUCCGGAGACAGUGACUAGUGAACAGUUACCCGUUAAGUUACCUAGAUUUGACUUGGAUCUAUGUGAUUUAGCUGGAGCAGCAGCCGACUGGUGUCAUCAGUAUUUGAAGGACAGAAAAUGUCCAAGUGACCUCAUUGUAUUUUUGACUCAAAAAAUUAUAAACAAUCUUAGAGUCCAGUGGGCAGCUGAACCAAAAUUGUUUGGAUACCGACCUGAAAAAGAAGAUUAUCAGGCAUUAUGGUUAAUGCAGAGAGUUAUUGGUGAACUAAAUAAUGUUUGUUUAAAUCAUGCUACUGUUAUUCCAUAUCAUCAACCCAUACUAACUCCUGUCUGGUGGUCAUCAUUUGUGUUAAAAAAUAUCAGAAGACAAAUGGAAGAUUAUAUAACAGUUGUUCCUUACUUUCAUACAUUGUUUGAUGUUAAGGAUUUUGGUGAAGCUUCUUUUUAUGCAGUUUAUGACGGACAUAAUGGUUUAGAUGCUGCUGUUUAUAGUUCAAUGUAUUUACAUCAAUUUUUAGUACAGUCAAUUCAGUAUCCAACUAAUCCAGAAUAUGCACUGUAUGAAGCAUUCUUUACUACAGACAAAGGCUUUACACAAAAAACAGAAAAAUAUAAUUUAGUAAGUGGUACAACUGCUGUAUGUGCAUUAUAUAGGCAACUAGAGAAGAAACUUUAUGUUGCAUGGGUUGGUGAUUCAAUGGCUACAUUGUGGAAAAAUGGAACUCCAUUAUGUUUAGUAAACAAACACGUUCCCGAAAGAUAUGAUGAAACCCAAAGAAUAGAGAAUGAAGGAGGAAUAAUAUCAAAAUGUCAAGGUAUUUGGCGAGUAGAUGGUCAGUUGGCAGUAUCUAGAGCUAUAGGCGAUGUUAAAUACAAACCACAUAUUACGUGUCAACCAGAGAUAAGAUCAUUAGUUUUAGAUGGAAAUGAAGAAUUUCUAGUACUGAGUAGUGAUGGUUUUUGGGAGUAUACAACACCUGAAGAAAUAUCAGAAACCAUUUACGAUGAAUUGCUUGAAACCGACGGUGACAUAUCCGAAGUUUGCAAUAAGCUUGUUUUCAAAUCUAAGGCACAAGGAUCUAAGGAUAAUAUAUCAGUGAUAACAGUAUUUCUACAGGAUCCCAAGCAGUUAGUAGCCAAAAGAAGGGCUGUUAUAAUGGAAACAGCAAUGGAACCGAGAAACGCAACUGAAACGCUCGCUUCAUACGGUCAAGAUACCGGUGAUUUUGGCCCUGAGACUGAUGUAGACACACCCGACGAGCCAAUCGGUUUGACCAAACCUAAAGUAGAAGGAGAAGCCGUCGUAAUCGACGAAAGUGGAGAAGAAUCCGAAGAAGACGGUGGUGGAUGGAAUUAUUACAAAAAACCAACUGAAGAGGCGGAAAAAAAAACGUACCAAGAGGACGUCAACAGCACGAGCAAUAAUUCUGACGCCGAGGACAUGGAUUACAAACUGAAUCCAGACGCCCCAGAGUUUGUGCCAGUAUCUUCACCACCACCGUCAGCGAUGAACCAUGCACAACGUCUCCUUAAUACGGAUAAUGAUGAUUUCAUUUCAUCAUCACCACAAAAGUUUAAAGAUUUAGACAAUGUAGUUGUGCCUGAUGAGAAUGACUUCACUAAUGAAAUUAAAGUGCAUGCAGCAGACUUGUCUAAGCUCAACAAUCCUUAUGAGCUCAAUAAUGAUUCAACCAUGCUGAAUGGUAUUAAACCUUUUAAUGGUGAAGAAGUGACUAAUCAUGGUGCAACAGAUGAUAGUUUCAUUUUUCAAAAUGAACCUAUUACUAAUGGUAAUUUAGAUGCAGAUUAUCAAAAUCCAUUUGUUUCAGACGAUAAAGUUGACUUAAACAAAGUUCAAGAUUUGUCUGAAUACCAGAAUGAUGAUGCUCAAACUCACAACACAGAUCCAUUUGAAUCAGUAAUGGAAUCGUCCAAGAAUAAUGAAUUUAAUUUGACAAGUGGGGAUAAUGAAUCACAAAACGAAUCAGAUGUUGAAUUAAACAAUGAUUUCUCAAUGGUAAAACAUGAAGAGAAUAUGAAUUCACCAAACAUUGAUGACACAAUUAAUACUGCUAAUGCAACAGUUGGUUCAACUUUACAAUUUGAUGAAGAAUCUUUUAAACAUAGUGAUGAUUUUAAAAACGACUUUUUGGAUAGUAGUCAAAUUGAUAAAUUUGUCCAGUAUGAAGAUCGCAAAUUGAAUGACAGUGAAAGCACAACCGAUGCUAUUUUAGGUUCAGAACCUCAUACUCCAAUGCGUAUGGAUAAUCAAUCAACUUUUGAGUCUGAAAAUGAUGACGAUCAAUUUUCUGAAGCCUUCAAACAACAAACCCAAUUUAAUCAAUUUGAUGAAAAUAAUGACAAGGAAAAUCAUGAUCCUUUCUGUUUUGAACAAAUUGAAGAUCCAGCUGGAAUAAUACCCAAUGUUACUCAUGAAAUAAACAAUGAAGUUGAUGAAAUUCAUCAUAAUAUUGACAAUAUUGUACCUAAUGAAAGUUUAAAUGAAAAUCAGGUAUCCGAAUUAUUAAAACAUGAACCUGUAGAAGAACCUUUAUGUAUAAAAGAGGAAGCUAAACCUUUUCAUUCUGUGUAUGAACAACAGUAUUUGCCGGAAUCCGAUUUCUCAGCAAGCAUUCAUGAAGCUUUGUUAAACGCAACUGAAAAUGAAUCAAGCAAUCACGAGGUUGAUGAUAAUAAAAUUGAUAAUUUUGAACCACACACUAUUGUUGAUAGUCAUGAAGAAAUAAAACAUGAGUACUUAGAACAUCAACAAGUUAAUGAAAAUCCUGAACCUAAAGUAGUACCAAUUCAGACAGUUGAUAGUCAUAUAGAUGAUGUUCAGUGUCAUGCAGAAGAUCUUGAACAAGAAUUUCAACAUGGUAAUAAAUACAAUUUUGAAUAUGAAAAUAUCAGUGUAAAUUCUGUACAAAAUGAAGAUCAAGAUAUAGAGCCAAAACAUAAUCAUGUAAAUGAUGAGCACAAUCUUGUUGAAGAUGUCAAACAUGAAAAUCAUGAUGUUAAUUUUAUCCAAAAUCAUGUUGAAGAAUUCGAAAUUAUAAAGAAUACUGAUUAUGUUGAAAAUGAUAAUGUUGCCAAAAUAAUACAGGAAAACAUUGAAGUUCCAAAAGAAGAUCAAUUUGAUGUAUCAGUUAUUCAAGACUCAGACAAUUUCGAACAAAAAUAUAAUAAUGUUGCUGAUACAGUUAGUUAUAAUACAGAGGACUCUAAACAAGAAGAACAGCUCAUUGUUGAAGAUGUUAAAAAAUGUGUGGAAGAUGUUGACAAAACUGAAACUAUUCCUAUUGAAGAUUUUGAGCAAACAUAUUUUAAUAAUGUUUCUGAAGAGCAGCUAAACCCAGUUGACGAUUUCAAACAAGGCCUACACAAUGAAGAAGUUGAAAACAGUAAUGUUGAAGGUUUUGAACAAGAACAAGAACCACACAAUGUUGAUUUAUUUGAUAACAGUUAUGCUCAAGAUAUUAAGCAACAUCAAAGUGUUUCAGAAAUUGAAAACAAUCAUAUUGAAAGUUUCAAACAAGAACAAGGUAUUGCUGAUGAAUUUGUAAAGAAGCACAGUGAAGAUUUGCUACAGGAAAAUCACGGUAAUGAAUCCAUUCAAAAUCAAACAACAGAUAGCGAUGAAGAAAUGCAUUCAUCGAUGAUAAUUCAUUCUGAUGUGGAAAACAAUAUGCCACAACCAUACUGUUCGGCAUCUGAUACAUUAAUAAACGAAUCCAAUAUGAUGUGUACUAGCAUGACAUUUGAAGAGAAUUUCCAGAACAGAAAUAUGAGCGAUUCAUUGUAUGUAAUGGAAACAAGUGCAGAUUAUUUUGAUGAGGAAGUUCAACAAACCACACAACUUGACAAACCUAUUGAUAAGCCCGAAGUUGAAGAACAGUUAAAUAUCGAUGAUAAACCAGUAGAACAAGUAGAAAAUAAAAAUGAUAUUAUUACUGAAUCAAACUCUGAAAUGGUAAGUGAACCAAAGAUAGAAGUCAAUCCAGAAACAACUGAACUGAUUCCAACUUCACAGGAUUAUGUAGAAAAAGUUGAUAACGACGAUGAAAGUAACAAGGUUGCCGAAAUUGCAGUUGCGGCAGCUGUUGGUACUGCUGCUAUUGCAGCUGUCACUGGUGUCAGCUUAGCUACCAAGAAAUCUGCCCCUAAAAAAAUGGAGGCAACUGUUUCUAAAGCUAAGACAACAACAACAACAACAACAAAAUCUGCUUCAACAAAACCACUGGCCUCAAAAACAUCGGCUUCCACCCUUAAAAAAACUACUUCAUCUACAACAACAUCAAAACCAUUGUCAAGACCAACCACAGCUACUUCUACUUCUAAGCCAACAACUAAUGUUCGACCAACAACUGCUCCAAAAGCUACGUCUUUAAAAGUGACAACUGUCACUAAAGCUGCUCCAAAGCCACCAGCUCCUAAAACUACAAUUCCUGCAUCUCGACCAACAUCAGCUAAAACCACACCCACUACACCUCGUACAACUUUAACUAAAACAACACCAUUAUCAUCACCUAAAACUCCUACAACUCCAAAAACAACUACAACAGCUACAAAGUUGACACCAAAAACAAAUGUCACACCGCGGACGUCCUUGGUUAACAAACAACCACUUACGAAUGGUUCACCUAAACCUUUAAGCCGUCCAAUGUCUGCUCCAACAAAAAAACCAUUAACUAGCGUAACAACAAAUGGAACUACAAAAUUAACCAAUGGCGACGUAUCAAAAACAUCUACUACAUCAAAGCCACCUGUCACUUUAGCAUCAAGAAUGAGUUUAGCGCCUCCAAAGUUGCCUCCAAAAGUAAAGGCUGCACCCAAAACUGUUGCACCACCUGCGAUGCCAGGGCCAAUCAGAAGACCCAAAGCUCCCAUCACAAAAAAGACUGAGACGGCCACUUCCUAGAUUUGAUGAAUUAUCAUACUAAAAAAAAAAAAAGAAAAAAAA